AUGGAUGCUAGGCCCCGUCUACCACCCGAACUCAUAGAAGCCAUCUUACCCCACCUCGUUCCCCUUCCAUCUACGCCGCUCUGGAUGCUCCAGCUUGAAGAUCUCACGACCCUCCGCGCUUGCUGCCUCGUCUCAUCGCAAUGGCGUGCCUACGCUCAGCCACAACUCUGGUCACGUGUGAUCCUUUCUACAACGGAAAAGCUCAUUCAGUUCGUUCAAGUCUUGCGGGCCUCCGACCUGGAAUACCUCCAGCGGGCCGUCAAAGAGUUAUGGGUCAUCGCCGAGCACGAGCGUGGCGUUAGCAAGCUCUUCGGCGACUACAUCGCGUUGCGCAUGUUCCCUGGUCUAAGGGCCCUUCGGGUAGAGGGAUUGCACAUUCCCCACGACUUCCUGAGUUUUGGCGGAGGUGAGACGAUAAAGUUUUGUCACUGGAGUUGCCUGUGCGGUCUGACCGGAGUCAAAUAUCACCUUGCAGUUCCCCCCUUGGUUUCCUUGUCAGUCUCGAGGCUCGCAGUCUACCGUCCGGAGGACAUGCGCCUCCUGUGUGGUACUCGGGAUCCCGUCAGAACCAGCGGAUGUAGCCGGCCCGGUUCAGGAGUCAUUUCGGUUGUAGCGGGGCCGAGUUCCGGAGUCGUUUCAAAUUGUCAAGGUCAACACCGGUUCGGGCAGGAUCAAACACCGGUUUCGGCAGAUUUCUCAGCGAUAAAGCGGUCCCGAGUAAACUCAGCACUUCGAUUACUCAAGGAUUGACCGUCAGCAAUGAAUCAUGUGGCAGGAUUUGAGUGGAAGACCGGGCCGGAUGCGCGGAUGAAGGAGUGAAGGGGAAUGAAAGGAGCGCAGCGGCCUGAGCGACCGGAACGUUUGAGGAGAGUUUGCUUCUUGUUCUUAGGUAGACCAUGUCAAUAUAUUGCUGUUUCAUCCCACUGGUAUUCCCGAUUAUGAUUAGUUACUAGUUGUUGAUAUUAGUCGCCCCGCGCGUCUCGAGCCUGCCUCGCGCGCGCUCCCUUAGCGCUUAUCUUCUUUCUCCAACUAUCUUUACUAUCUUCAUCGGCUCUCGUACUUACGCACUUCGUGCCUCGGCCUCAGUUCCUGAAAGACCACUUCUAGGAUCCAAUACAGCAUCUUAGCUGGUUCUCACUUUCUGCGUGAUUCAAGUCUCGUCUCUCGUCUCCAGUCUCCGGUCUCAGCGUUUCAUUCUCAUACUCGGUCUCGUUUCUCGGUUUGGGCUCCUUUCUCGUCUCUCGUCUCUCGGCCGUUCCGGUCGCUCUCUCGUAUCUCGUCUCCCUCGUCUUCGGUCUCGGUUCCAUCGUUUCUCCUUAUCUUUACAUUUUAUCUUUGAUCGACCGCUUUGCUAUACCAUACCUGAAUCCAACCCUCGACAAUGGCCUGGCGGACGCAUGCAGCCCGGUUCCUUUGCGCCACCUUGAGCUGCGUAACAUGUUCGGGUGCUCGGCCAGAGGUAGCCUGGACAAGAUCAUACGUGGAAGAACCCACCUCGAGUCCUUGUCGAUUGUAGAAGCGCUCGAUAUGCAACGUCUGGAGUACCUGUGGUGCAUGCAAACCCUCACAAGCACGCCACAGCGCUCCGGCUCAUCUUCACACACGGAGGUUUCGUCGCGACAAUCGGGACUUAAGAAGCUGAGCUUGACCUUCAGCCCAGGCUGGGGAGCCUCGGGAAGACCGUACGAUGUCAAUUUGAGCCAGCAGAUGAGUGAGUUCGUGCUGAUGGCGCCUCGACGAUAUGGUCUGACCUUUUUUUGCUACGAUGUCGACUCAAUAGACGCAUCCUUCUGCCCCAGUGCCCGCCAAAUCUCACCGAUCUCACUCUCUCCCUCUUCACCGCAGUCCCCUGGGUACAGCUCCUAAUCCAUGUCCUCCCGCCAAGCAUCACUUUCCUGACCCUCUUACUCGACCGAGAAGCCGAAAACCCGAACCGUACCGAACAAGGCUACCGGGAUACGGGACUCCAAGUCUCCCGUAUGGUCUUGCACGAGCUCAAGGAGGACAAGAUGCCAAAUCUGAGGAGGAUGCUCUGGAGGGACCGAUCGGGGGCAUGUUUGGGUUUUUUGGUCGGGGCGAGGUUGAGGGAAGAACUUGCUCAACGAGGGAUCGAACUGAUGCGAGAUGCAUAG